GAAGCAGUGAGAAAAUAAAAUCAGAAUGGAAACAGAUAUACUCCACCAACAUACAUCCAUCUUGUGACAGAUCCUCAAUGUGCCUUCAGCAGCCAUGUGAAGCCAAUUAACCACCAGAUGUAUUUUUGUGAUUGAAAUAAGCAGCAAGCAGCAAAGAUUAAAGAGCAAUAAACAUAGCACAUAGACAAGUUUGCUAACUCAUUUUCCUAUGAUUAAUUAAUCCUACAUUUCUAUUUAGUAGUUUAUUCAGUUAGCACCACUGCUGAAACACCUAAAACAUGCUAAAUGUGUGAUACAGGGAGUCCCUGCAGGAGGGGGUGCUGGGAGGCUAGCAGGGCUAUAAGAGGGGAAGCAGCAGAUGAAGCUGGAUCACCUGAGAAGCAGAAGAAGAUAUCAAAGAGAAGCUGGUAGAUCUGGUAAGUGUGUGUUCUUCUUGCUAAAGCUGCUGCUGGAUACAUUCUCUGUGGCAAUAAACCUGACCUCAAGAUGUCAGAGGAAGAAGAUUCUUUUCUGAAUGUUAAAAGAUCCUUGAAAAAGAGAAUGGUGAAACACAGCACUCCAGUGGACUCAAUGUUUUCAAAAACAAUGACAUCUCUUACAGAUCUGACAAGUCAGUCAGUUGAGGACCAAGGUGCCAGUAAGACAGUUUAUGGAACUCCAGUGCCAAAAUCAAAUCUAAGCAGACCAUUAGCUCAAGUAUCGUUAGUACGUGUUGAAGCAUACAUCCCUCGUACAUCCCCGAAAAGGCUUUCAACAGUGUUUGACUGGCAAGAAGUGAACAGAGAGAUAAGUCAAAGCUCUCAGGCUGCGUUUUCUAGAAGGAGGCUUUCCACGGUGUUGGCCUCUGAAUCAAAUGAAGAGUCAAGUGACAACGUUGUCCCAAACAUGGAAACUCAAGCUGUCACUGAAGUAUCUGAGGCACAUGCAGUAACUCCUGAGAGUGGACCUUCAUGGCUUGUUAGUGGAAUACCAGGGAUAAAAGAUCUCCCAAUAAGAAAAACCAGGAAGAAGAAAACUGACAAGGCUCUUGUGAGAGAGAAAGAAAGAGAAUGGGUGCUUCGUCAACUUAAAAACAUUGAGGAAGCAACCGAACAUGAGCUGACAAUUGAAGAAGCUUGACUGAACUACCUAUGGAAUUAGUGCUACUGCAUCCUUCUUGUGGGAACAGCUAGCUCCAAUAAAUCACACAGCUGACUAUAGUGCCUGUUGGACCUU